UGGGGUGAUUAUCUUCAGCCGAUCAGCCACCGAUAAACCACCAGAUUUGAACAUCGACUGACCACAAACCCAAACAUGAGGCCGUCUUGCAUCUUCAUCGCCUGUCUGGUGCUCGUCGCUUGCUGCUCAGUUGAUGGAAGUGAUUUCAGCCAAAAUCCCGACAAGUGCUGCUUUUCGUUUUCCACUAUCAAGAUCCCAGUUAAGCAGGUUCAGAGUUAUCAUACGACACAUUUUCAAUGUCAGAAGAACGGGAUCAUUUUUGUGACAGAACAGAAGGAGAUCUGCGCUGACCCGACUGAGAGAUGGGUUCAGAGACUGAUGAAUCUGGUGGAUGCUCGCCUGGUGAAAGACACAGAACCCAGCUCUAAUGGCAGCUCCUAACGCUCGGCUGGUUUCAUAUUAUUGCACUGAACAGUUUCCAGACUGUUAAUAAGCUUUGAAAUAAAUGUGAAAUGCACAUUAACAAUACUGUUAAUUAUAUUUCAAAACAUGCUACCUGUUUAAGCUAGAAUUCGAACCUGAUUCUGAACCUGUCUGAAUACUUUAAUAUUAAGCAUAAAUAAAGAACUUUGAA